CCCCUCCCCCCUCCUCUUCCCUCCUCCCCCCCCCCCCGCUGCACGCUUCCAAUUUCCCGGUGGCGGGAGAUCUACGCUCCUCCCACACCGCCCGACAUGCACAACGCGCCACCCACCCUCUCCAUAAGGCGCUCGGGCCUGUCGGCUCUCAAGCAGCUCUCUGCCUUGGUAGUUUUGCUGCUGAUGCUUUCGACGGCCGGCCCGGCGGGCGCCUCCGAGAAGACUCCCGUUGAGGCGGCCACGGCCGCCCUACGCAGUGGCGACAGCAAGGGCGCAUUGGCCAUCCUAACGGGUCAACUCAAGGAAACUCCGACUGACUGGAACCUGUACUACAACCGUGGUAUGGUUCAUGAAAUCACGGGCGGCCCGUGGGCCGCCCUCGCCGACUAUCAGGAGGCCCUUGGGCACCUUGAUGGCGCCGUUCGGGCUGGCGUCGCUUCGGCCGACUCGCUGGCUCGGCUGCAGGGGACCUUCUGUCGGACGGCCCUGAAACUGGGCUUGGGCGUGGGUCUGUCCGAGACUCCGAAGGACCGCGAGUCUCGAGUGACCGAAACUUGCACCUCGGCCGGGGCAGCGGACCCGAAGCUCCGCGAUGCGUUUGCCGCGCAGCGGGCCACCGUGACCCGGGUGAAUGCUGCGCUGGCCUCCCGGCGGGCUUCGGCCCCGGAGCUCCUCCGCCUGCUGGGCGAUGCGGUCAUGGCGAGCCCCUUCUCACGGCAGCUUCUGGAGCUGCGUGUCAAUGUGGCCAAGAGCGCCGGCGAUCGUGCCCAACACUCAAGCGACAUCAACCGGUUGAUCGAGCUGUUCCCAAGCGACCUGAAGUACCUGGUGAUCAAGACCGAGCUCCUGCUGGCAGAUGGCGACCUGGCCAAUGCCUCAAUUCUUCUGCAGCGCUGCCUCCGCAGUGAUCCCGAAAAUAAGCCCUGCCUUGAUAUCCACAAGGUUGUCCGGAAUUUUGACCGGCUGCACAAGAGUCUGGAGAAGCAACUUUCCGAGAAGAAGUUCACGACCGUGGUUGAACGUGCGCAAGCCGCGCGCGGGACCCUUCCCGCCAGCAUCAAGCCGCGCCAAGAGUACCGCCUGGCCGGGCUUGCCUGUCGGGCGAUGAGUGAAGCCGUGCAGGCUCACUCGGCGGCCAAUUCCGCCUCGGCGGCUCCCUUUACCGCGGAGAAGGCGGCCGCGACAUGCGCCGAGGCCAUCGCCCUGAUGGAGAAGUCCGUUCCCAUGGUCCCGAUGCAGGGAAUGCAUCCGCAUGCGCCGCCGGAGAUGGCCCCGGAGGCGCCGGACAACCGCACCAUGCUUUCCAUGCUGCUGGCUGCCCGGGCGGAGGUGCUCAUGCUGGCAUCGGCCGAUGCCAGUCUCGAAGCUGCGCAGGCCGAUUUCACUCGAGCUGCCAGCCUCGAGUCGGAUGCCAGCCGCCGGGCCCGAUACAAGAACGGCGCCCUGCGCGCGGCGAAUGCCAUCAAGACGCGCAAUAAUGUUGACUACUACAAGGUUCUUGGCGUGCCGCGCAAUGCCAACAAGGCGGCCAUCAAGAAGGCCUACCGCAAGCUGGUCCUCGAGUGGCAUCCAGAUAAGUAUGAGGGAAAUGACCGCGAGGAGGCAGAGCGUAAGAUGGCUCAGAUCAACCUGGCCAACGAGGUCUUGAAUGAUGAUGAGAAGCGCAAGCUCUUCGACAGCGGCAUCGAUCCCAACAACCCGGAGAGCCAGCAGCAACAGCAGCACCAUCACCAUCACCCCUUCCACCAUCCCUUCGGCGGUGGUGGCGGUUUCCGCCACAAUUUCCACCACACCCACUUCGGACAUGGUGGCGGUGGCGGCGGUGGUCACCGGCAGCAGCAAUUCAACUUUGGCUUUGGCUUCUAGGCAGGAGAAAAAGUACAACACGAUCAGCCAGAAGCAUUUCCAGAGCAGCCGAGGAUGCUGGGGGGGGGGGGGGGGGGCAAGA